ACAGAGCUUCUCCCCGUAUUCAGUUUUGCUUCCAUUCAUUUUUUCCCUCCCUCUUCGAAGCUCCGGUGAACGACGAUUGGCGACGAAUUGAAGUUGGCGACGAACAUCGAUGAUUUGUCCCUCUCUCCCUCGGUCUUAAUCUGAAGAUUUCAGCCACGAUUUCAUCCGUUUGUCUGUCCCUCUCUCUCUGUGUCUUACUCCGAAGAUUUAAGUCGCAAUUUUAGCAACGAGCCAGAGCUUCGGCGACCCAACGAACCAGAGCACUGAUCUGCAUUUCAUCAAACUUAAGUUGCGUUUUCAUAUGGAUAUGGAACCUGACAAUGAUUGUGGUUGGAAGCCAAAAGAAGGAAUGACCUUUGAGUCGGAAGAAGGUACUUUCUGAGAAGCGGUACAAGGAGUUAAAAGCUGGAUAUGCUUUAUGCCAAAGGUUGCCAAGGGUGAGAGCGACAUUCAUAAUGUUAAGUCAAAUGGGUAAUGAGUACACUAAAAAUAUUUUUGAGGAGUUUCAAGAUGAGUAUUUUCUUUCUAUUGAAUCAGACAUACAAGCAAUUGAAUACGCUAAUGGUUGUAGCCUAUACACAAUUGUUGAUGCUAUUGGGAAAAAUGCAAGGAAAGUAAAGAUGGAGAUGAAUGGCUCUUUGGCUUGCAGUUGUUCAAAGUUUGAAAGGAAAACUAGUAAGGGCAAAAGGAGGAUAAAAGGUCCAUGUGAGCUAGCAUUACAAGGAAUCUUUAAAAAGAAAUUUCGUGCUAAAUGUGUGAGUUUUUCAAUACCUGUUGCUACUUCAAUAGUGAGACCUUCUCCAUUAUCUGUUGGGGGAGAUGCAAACAAUUUGGCAUAUUAUGCUCAACCAUCAUUUAUAACACUACUUCAAGCUGGGUAUGACAUUGGAUUUGAAGAUUCUGAAGCCUCAAAUACAGAUUUUCGACUAACAAAUAAUUUGCUGCUGUGUACUAAGGGUUUGGAUGGCCACAAAGAGGUGGAAGGCACUUUAAAUUUCAAGCAUAGGAAAUGCCUCUGAUGCUGUUGUUUGUGCUGUUUUGCUGUUGUUUGUGUUGACAAUCUGCUGAGUGUUUUGUUUUUAGUUCAUGUUGCAGUCCUUUUGUAGUAAAACUUGGGGCUUUUGGAGUGAACAUGUGAACAUGAGUGCAUUUCGAUUGUUGUAAAAUUUGAGUAGCAUUUGGAGAUGAAUGCACUUGGAUUCUUUUAUAAUUAAAUAUGUACUUCAUUUUUUGUGUGCAGUGCAUGCCUAUUAAGAGGCAAUUAUGAUUAUUUGAGGCAAAGUCAAAUUU